AUGAAUGAUCAAGAAGGUAAUCAAACAAAUAAUAAUAUAAAUGAAUUACGUGCUGAUGUUGCUGCAACAACAGACGUUUUGAAAGUAACAGUUGAAAAAUUAGUUCAACGUGGAGAUAAUCUAGAUGCAUUAAAUAAUCGAGCUGAAACAUUAAAUUCAACAUCAUAUCAUUUUCGUGGUGCAGCAAGACGAGUAAAUCGACGUAUGAGAUGGCAAAAUUAUAAAUUAACUAUUUUUAUGAUUUUUGUUGUACUCUGUAUAAUUGGUUUUAUUAUACUGAUGGCUCUUCAUCCAUGGAAAAAAUGA